UGUUUUGGAAUAGCCAAGUGUACAACCAAGACCCUCAGGUUCAUAGCCAAGGACAUUCCGAAGCUGCAGCAUCUGGGGAUAACCCACGUUCUGAACGCGGCAGAGGGGAAGUCGUUCAUGCACGUGAACACGAAUGCCGAGUUCUACGAAGGCACCGGCAUCAGAUACCACGGCAUCAAAGCUAAUGAUACCCAGGAAUUUAACCUCAGCCGCUAUUUCGAGGAGGCAGCUGAUUUUAUUGAGAAAGCUCUUUCCCAGAAGGAUGGCCAGGUGCUCGUGCACUGCCGCGAGGGCUACAGCCGCUCUCCCACGCUGGUCAUCGCCUACCUCAUGCUGCGCCAGCACAUGGAUGUCAAGUCGGCGUUGGUCGCCGUCCGGCACAAGCGAGAGAUCGGCCCCAAYGACGGCUUUCUGCGGCAGCUUUGCCAGCUCAACGAGCGCUUAGUGAAGGAGGGCAAGCUCAAGCCCUGAAGYGCAGCACGCUCUUUUGGGGAGACUCUCAAGCUGUCCAAGUGUUAGGUGCUUUAGAUCCCCAAACCCCAGCUACCAAGCUAGGUCACGUAACGGGAGGGAGGCAGAAUUCCUGCUGUUGUCUAGUGAAAGUGUCUUUUGCAAACUCUGGUCUUAAAAUGGCACGAAAAUCUCUCACUUCUUAGAGCUGUUGCAAGGAAGAAGUGUCUUUGGAGGGGUAGCUCUGAUGAUAAUGGCUGUUUUUACAUGCAUUUCAGAGCCCCGUGCAGACCUUACCAUGGAUGUGUUUUGCAUUGACCUCGAGGGUGAUUUAUUUAAGCUUUGUCGUGUAUCCCACCACAACCCCAUUUUCUGAGAGCCCCAACACAUCUUUCUGCUCUCACUCUUUAAUUAAAGUACUGUAUUUUCUAAAGUUUCUCUUCCAUGCGCACAGGUGCCUAAAAAUCGGAAUGCAGGAGCUUUGUGGAAUGCAGAAAUAUAUAUGCAAAUGCACAGAUGCACUCUUAUGGGAAGUUUUGUGUAUACAGCUUUGUGUUUAGUGUGGGUAUAUGUAAUACACAGAGGUUUCAAGGGUUGUAGUGAAGACAUGCAGAGCCCCAUGUUAAUAUCACAUUGUAUUUCCAAAGAGAUUUGUGUCUUUUGCUCUUGGGGGUGCCAUUAAGUCGUCUGAUAUGAACUGCGUUUUUAUUUUUAAAAUCACGCAAGAAAAUAAAGAGCAAAUGUUGAAGAAGAAACUUCAGCAAGGAAGAAAGAAUGUCUGUGAUGCUUAGACUAGUUUUAAGGUAAAGUCAUAAGUAAGAAAACAGAAGGGCUCCUGAGAUUUGUAUUGGGUUAUAGUGCCUCCUUUCACCCUCACCRUCUAUUAAACACGAAAGCUUGACCUAAAUGAGCAUAUGUAUAGAUUGCUUCCAGUAGGACAGCACGUAGAUCCUUACAAAGCAGUUUGUAGAAGUACACUGACUUGUCGGAUUGCUUGCACACUUCCAUUACCUCGUCAUGACAAUAUAGGCUAUCAAACAUUUCCUUUCUCAUGAAAUAAAUGCAGUCAUGGUUAUGUCUGACCUACAGAUGAAAUGAUCAAUACGGUGUUGGGAGAAGAAGCUUCAUAAAUCUAUACCUGACUUAGUGUGUAAACACGUGGCUGACUUAGCGUAGCACUGUCCUAACCCAAAAAGCCUCCCACAGAAAACUCAGAGACUUUAGUUUAACGAAUAGAACCCUGAGAUGUUUAUACGGAGUUUUUAUGUGUGCUUUAAUGUAGAUACAGAUUUUAAAUUCAGCACUGUUUAAUAAGGAACGCUUGUGUGUUAAUAUAACCCUAUUUCCACAGUUUUGUAUGUUCAGUUCAUUAAGCACAAAGGACAUAGAUCAAUUUUACUUUUAGUUUGUUUUGUUUUGUUUUGUUUUGUUUUGUCUUCAGUUUAAUCAGAUAACUUUAUUGAAAUUAAACUCAAAAAUCUUCCGCUUGAAGA